AUGACCAGCAACACAGGAAUUAAAUUCAAUUCAAUACCUGGACGUCAAUUUCCAGUAAUCGGUGAACAUAUCGAAAUUGUACACAAUAAGAUCGAUAUUGAUUCCUAUGAUCUCAAACAAGAUGAAUUAUUGGUAAAAAACAUCUAUAUAUCAUUAGAUCCUUAUAUGCGUGGCAAAAUGAGACCACCCGAAAUCAAGUCUUAUAAUGAAGCAUUUGUUGUUGGCAAAGUUUUGGAGGCUGGUGGUGUUGGUAAAGUGAUCAAAAGUAAUAAUUCAAGAUAUAAAGUUGGUGAUUUAUAUUCUGGAAUGACCGGAUGGGAGGAAUAUUCGGUGAUUCCGGCGCAAACUGCAAAUCAAAAUUCAAGAUUCACUGAGGGUUUAAAUUCUGCUGAAAAUUUAGGUAUUCCACUUAGCUAUUUUUUGGGACUAUUUGGUAUGCCUGGUAUGACAGCUUAUUGUGGAUUAUUUAAAAUUGGCCAACCAAAAAAGGGCGAAACUAUUUAUAUUUCGACAGCAGCAGGCGCAGUAGGACAAGUUGCUUGUCAAAUCUCUAAAAUUUUAGGAUUACGUGUUGUUGGUUCCGCUGGUGAUGAUGGUAAAGUUGAUUUCCUUUUAAAUGAAUUGAAACUGGAUGGAGCUUUCAAUUAUAAAAAAGUUGAUAUCAAAAAGAAAUUAAAAGAACUAUGUCCAAAUGGAAUAGAUAUUUAUUUUGAUAAUGUUGGAGGAGAGAUGUUGGAUAUAGUAUUGCUCCAAUUGAAUGAUUUUGCAAGAGUGAUAGGUUGUGGAAUGAUAUCACAAUACAAUGCUGAAAAACCAUACCGUAUCAAAAACCUUAUCGCUACUAUUCCAAAGCGUGCUCUUUAUCAAGGCUUUAUUGUGACCGAUCAUUAUAAAGAAUUGUAUGAGAAGUUUCUAAAAGAUAUGAAUGAGUGGUUUAAAUCUUCCAAAUUAAAGUAUAAAGAAGAAUUCGUUAUAGGAAUUGAAAAUGCGCCUGAAGCCUUUUUGGGACUGUUGAACGGUAAAAAUUUUGGUAAAGUGGUUGUUAAAAUUGAUAAAAAUGCAAAAUUGUGA